AAAAAAAUUGUUUCAGUCAUUGUCGAGAAACUGUUGCUGAACAAAAUGGACUGUAAGAAAUGUCUGUGUCUGUGCCGUCGCCACGAUUCUCCUGAUCGAAGAGGACCUCGUCGCAUAGUAAUGAUUGGAAAAACCGGAGUGGGAAAAAGUGCUGUGGGGAACACCAUCCUUGGUAGAAGGGUUUUUAACUCAAGCCCUUCUGCAAACUCUGUCACGAACUUGUGCCAAAAAGCAACUGUCUAUGACCCUAGAGAAAUUUCUGUGAUUGACACACCUGGAAUUUUGGAUACCAGCCAACCGAAAGACCUCAUCAAAAGAGAAAUAGUAAGAUGUAUUCAGAUUUCAGCACCAGGUCCUCAUGUGUUUCUGCUGGUGAUACAAAUUGGCCGUUUCACUGCUGAGGAGCAAAAAUCUGUCCAAGCCCUGCAAGAGCUCUUCGGAGAAGAAGCUUCAAAAUACAUGGUAGUGGUCUUCACUCAUGGAGAUUCACUUAAUGGUCAAACAAUAGACGACUAUGUAGAAACAGGCCAUCCAGAACUCCGGAAAGUGAUCCAGGGGUGUGGUAGUAGAUAUACUGUGUUUGAUAACACUAACACAAAGAAGCGAGUGCAGGUGAAUAUCUUAUUGAAGAAAAUUGAUGAAAUGGUGUCAGCAAAUGGGGGAGAAUGCUUCACUCAGGACAUGUUUAAAGAAGCAGAAGAAAAAAUUCAACAACAGAACAUGGAGAGAGCGGCCGCAGAGCUUCUGGAAUAUCAGUUUAGCUUUCUUGGGGCUCUUGACCACAGAGUCGUUUUGUUCCAGCAAAUAUUGAUGGAAGGCUUUCACGAACAGUUUGCUAUUGAUAGUGGCUCUUGCAGUUACUAAAGAGACUUAAUCAGACACAUGUUUAUGUUCAGCGGUAGUUUUAUGACACCUUACUCAUUUAUGUGAUGUUAUAAAGUGUAUACAUAUGAUUCAAUAGAGAGGUGGCCAAAAACGGUAGUUUUCUUGAGAUCAUUGAUGAGAGAAUUAGUUUUUAACCUGAUCCUAUUUUUUUAUCAAAUGUUGUUAAGACCUCCACAGUGACAUUUAUUGUGCAUUUUCAUUUUAACAUUGAUUACAAUUGUUUUAAAAUUUCUCCUGUUGUGGUAAAAUAAAUUGUUAUUUCAAAUUUAAGAUAUACCACUGCAGCACAUUGCAGAAUGAAUAUGUUGUGGAAGCGAACUUCUUCGUGAAGGCACUGUGUUCUCUAACACUUUGAGUUUUUUUUGUGCACAAUUUAAUACUUUAUAUAAGUGAUGGUAUUCAUUAGAUUAGCAGUUAGCUGUAUGCCUAAUAUACUGUAUUAGAGGCGUCAAAAAAUAUUUUUAGAAUUCACAAAAAAACGGUCUACUAUAUAACUGUAGACAUAAAUGUAUCCCUGUCUUCGCCAUUCUUUCUUCUUAAAGGUUACAUUUAUUUAUAAUCUAUGAAUAAUAAUGUGUGACAUCUGCAUUAUAAAAAUUUUAUGACACAUUGGAAACUUUCCACAUAAUUAAGCAUUUUUUGUUACCAUUAUCUAACAUUUAACAUCUGUUAAGAAUCAGUUUGGUAUGACAUUCGGGGUGGAAAUAAAUAUAGCUGUAAAUAUAAAUAUGACUUGGUGUUGGUGAUGGAAAUAAAUAUGUGACUGUAAAUAUAAA